AUGGCUUCUCAUUUAUAUCUGGAAAUUAAGCAGUACUGUGAGAUUGGACAGUAUGCCACACUUCUGUUGAUAUUCAGCAAUGUUGGUGCAGAGACCAUGUCCAUUUGCAGAGUCUCCUCAUUAAGCAAAGUAGAUUCACAAGAGAAAUACAUCAGUGUUCAACUGCAGGAAAGAAAUGCAAGAAAGUACCCCAAAAUGGUCAACAUUCUCUUCUUCUUUGUGUGGAUUUUAAUGUUUCAACCCUGCCACAGUCUUUGCUUUCCUGUAGUGAAUGAUAUUGUCAGAAACUAUUCAUCUUCUUCAUUGUCCACUGUGCCAAAGAACCUACCAAAUCUCACAAACAUACUGGAUUUAUCACAGAACAACAUUACUGAGAUUCAUAUGCAGGAUUUUGCCCCUCUCCACCAGUUGAAAUAUUUGAAUUUGUCCUCCAAUAAGAUCAGCAAUUUAGCACCUGCUUUUUUCAGGUUUAAUCAAAAGCUGGAAUGUUUAGAUCUUUCCAGGAAUCAACUCAUGAAUGUCGAAUGUGACUUCUUGCAUAAUGUUACGUCUCUGAAAUAUUUGGAUAUUUCUGAAAAUAAUUUUCUUAGUCUGACACUUGGAAAGGCAUUUAGCUUUCUGCAAGAUCUGGAAUAUUUAAGUAUAGGAAGCAGGAAAACAAUAAAGUUUCGAAAAGAUGAUCUUAAAGAAAUCUCAGGGAAGCAGUUGCAGGAAGUUUCAAUCAAACUAAAAAUGUUGUCAGAGUAUGACCCUAGUGCCUUAACGAUUUUGAGAACAGCAAAACUCCACAUUGUUUUGCCAUCUAUUAAAAGCUUCCAUUUUUUAAAAAAUGUCUUGGAUGAUGCCUUCAACACAUCUGACAUUUUAACAUUAUCAAACUUUGAAUGCUGCCAAAAUUGCAACCAUUUGAGUGUUGACUGUUGCCAAGUUUGCAGGAAAAUAAGUAAGAGAAUGAGCCAGUGCUGCAGUGAUUGCAGUCAUUAUAUUGAAAGUUUUAAAGUAUUGGGAAAAUACUCAAGAGUCCAGAAUCUAUCUUUACAGCAUUUAACGGUGGAUUGGGAAACUUUCGCAAAGAUAUUAAAAAUUGUUUGGGAUUCUUCAGUUGAAAAGCUCAGCGUUUCUAACAUGAAAAUAUGCCAAGUUAGACAACACUUGUCUUGGUUUUUUAUCCAAAAAAAAUUGAAGACAUUUACUCUCAGAAAAGUAAACAUCUUGCCAUUCUAUUUCAGUCAAGCAAUUAUAUAUGAUGUCUUUGAAGAGCUAAAGGUUGAAAAUCUGACAAUUCAUGAAUCAGGAAUGAUUUUCAUGACUUGUCCAAAAAAAGGAAACACAUACAAACUCAUUGACAUUUCUGAUAAUUCAUUUACCAGUGAUUUCUUUUUUCAAGGCUGCAGGACCCUAAAACAUUUGGAGACUUUUAUUUUAAAACAAAAUAGAUUUGUUCAAUUAUUUGAAGUGAGUAACAUGACCACAUACAUGACAUCUCUGAAACACUUGGAUGUGAGUCAAAAUCAUCUUAUUCUUGAUGAGAUUAGAAUUUGCCCUUGGACCAACAGUUUGACAAAGCUGAACCUAUCUUCAAAUAGACUUACAGAUUCUGUUUUCACAUGUUUACCCAGCAAUCUAGAAAUCCUUGACUUGCAGAAAAAUAACAUUUAUACUGUUCCCAAAGUGCUGAAGAACCUGAACAAUUUGAAGGAAUUAUACCUUGGAGCUAAUAAGUUAGCCAGUCCACCUGACUGCAACAAAUUUAGAAAUCUUGAGAUUUUGUUUGUUGAGGCAAACUCGUUUCAUGAACCUUCAAGCAUUUUUCUUCACAGUUGCCAAAGACUGACUGUUCUGAAUGCUGCCUCCAAUCCAUUUACAUGUACCUGUAAUUUAAGAGACUUUACCACAAUGAACAAAAACACCCACAUAGAGAUGAUAGGGUGGCCAAAGUCCUAUCGCUGUGCCUAUCCAGAUAUCCUUAAAGGAACAUUAUUGAAGGAUUUCCAUUUAUCUGAAGUGACAUGCAGUCCAACCCUCUUACUGGUAAUUGUACUUGGUACUAUGUUUGUAUUAGCAAUCCUAAUUGGGUUAAUGUGCCAUUUUCUGGACUUGCCUUGGUACUUGAGAAUGACAUGGCAAUGGACCCAGAUGAAACGAAGAACAAUGAAGACUGACUCCUACCAGUUAUCUGAAAAUUUGGCCUAUCAUGCUUUUGUGUCCUAUAGCCAACAUGACUACAGUUGGGUGAAGGAGCAGCUACUAUCAAACCUAGAAGAGAGGAAUUUACGAAUCUGUCAUCAUGAAAGAGACUUUAUUCCAGGCAAAGGUAUUAUUGAAAACAUAAUUAACUGUAUAGAGAAGAGUUACAAAUCGAUUUUUGUUUUAUCACCUAAUUUCAUUCAGAGUGAGUGGUGUCAUUAUGAGCUUUACUUUGCACAGCACCAAGUGUUAAGUGAACAGACUGAGAACUUGAUUCUAAUUGUCUUGGAGCCAAUUCCUCAGUACCUAAUUCCAUCUAAAUAUUAUAAACUUAAGUCACUUAUGGCGAAGAAGACCUACUUAGAAUGGCCUAAUGACAAAAACAAACAGAGAUUAUUUUGGGCCAAUCUGCAAGCAGCUAUAGGAGUAAGUCUGAUGGCUCCAAGGCAGGAUAUUGUUUCUGUACAUAAUGAUUAAUUGUAUUCUGAGCUACAUCGCUUUAACCUUCAUAGUGUACAUAUAUUCUAUCAGUGUGUUCAGUUUAUAAGAUUAUAAUGUUUUGAAUUGUGCAAAAUUAGAGAAUUUUUUUUGGAAAAAUAUGAUAACAGCAAGCCUCCUUCAACAGGUUAAUUGGCUGCACCUGCCAAUUAGUUUUAGAUUAAAAGCACAAAUAAAGUUGGCUACUUAGUAACAUGUAAAUCUGAGCAAGAAGAGCAGCAGAGUUUUAAUAGCAUGUGAGAGAAAAGGUGGAUGAGUUAAUCAGUACUUUAAAUAUCUGGUUGGCAUCCUUUCAUCUCUGAGAUGAUUCAAAUGCAGCCUCAGAACUUAGGUGAGGUCAGGUGAGAUUACCUAUUGCACUUCUUUAGUGGCUGAAAAUGAUUCUAAAAAGGUAAAGUCACGUUGUUCCUUGUUGUGGUAUGGGAUGAUCUCUGCUACACCUGAAAUGGGGUCUUUAAGUAAUAACAAGGAACUGACAAUGCCUGAAACCUGGCAGAUCUCUCACUGACAACAGUAGCAACAACUUGUAUUUAUAUAGCAUUUUUAAUGUAAUAAACACCCCAAAUCCUUGAUAGGAAUAUUAGAAAGGAACAUUGUAUUCUCAACCACAUAUUAGGACAAAAAAAAGGUCAAAAAAGGAGUACCUUAAAGGAAGAAGGUGAGGUAGAGAGACAGAUAGGUUUAGGGAAGUAAUUCCAGAGGUUAAGACUAAGGCAAAACCUUUGAUUGUAGGGUAAUUAAAAUUAAGAUAAAACAAAGAACAGCGGAUACCAGAAAUCCGAAACAAAACUAGAAAUUGAAUGAAGAGUUACCGCUCUUGAAAUGUCAACUCUGCUUCCUCCCCACAGAUGCUGCCAGACCUGCUGAGUUUCACCAGUGAUUUCUGUUUUUAUAGUUAAAAUUGGGGAUACUCAAAGACUGGAUGUGGAUGAGAGCAGAUAUUUUAGAAGGAUGUGAUGUUGGAGGAGUUUACAGAGAUAGGGAAGGAUGAGGCCACAGCAAGUUUUGAAAAUGAGGAAGGAAGUUUUAAAAUGAAGACAUUGCAUAUCGGAGGCUGGAGGAAAAUUUUAAUUAUUGAAAUAAGACACAAUAUAUCCCAUACGAAGCAAGUUCAUUUAUCAACAAGGUGCAGAAGCCAGUGAUGUUUCAUGGAAAUAGGUAAACUCAACAGAACUAACAAAACUGUUUCCUAAUAUCUGUAUGAUUGAGACCAGAGCAUAAAGAUCAGUGUUUCAAAUUGGAGCAAACUGACAUGCACCAAAUGUCCAAAGGGUGAUGAGAUGAUUAAUUUUGCUUAGGAGAAUGAGAAAGGUUUCUAGACAAUUCAGUGACAUAUAUGCUAUAGAAAAAUACUUCUCUUUGGAAAAGCUAACCUAAAUAAUCAGAAUACAGUUAAAUACAGUUGUACUUGUUGAGGUAUUGAAAUUAAAGCAAAAAGAACCAUAAAAUUUAGAGUCAAAAUUUAGAAUUCCUUUGAGUAAACCAUGAAAUUAGGAUCAAUGGGAAAGGGGAAAAAGAGCUUAGCAAGAAUUGAUCGUGAUGAAUGUGUAAAAGGAAACUUUCACAGAAAAACUUUUAAGUCCAUAAUUUUUUGAUAAUAAGAUACAUAUAACUUUCUUUAUAAUGAAUUAAGAUUUUGUUUUUGUCGUGAUGUUUAAUAGUGGCCAAAUUAAAUUUACUUGUGAUGCACAUACAGCUUGGAGAGGCCCAUAAAACAUCAAAAAGGGAGAGAGAGGGCCUGGCUAGAGGAGAGCACCAAAUAUGAAGUUUCAAGAAUUGAAAGGAUGAUCAAUAACUGGGGCAAUACAUAUGUGUGGCAUGUGUUAUAGAGAUUUAAUAUUAACUGAUUAUUGAUUCAGGCAAGGCUAGAAAGUAAGUUGAAGUAUAAUAUGAAAAGUGACCUAAUGUGGGUCCACUCAAGUUCAAAAGGAGUGAAUGUUGGAAUAUUUUGUUAAUUAGGCAAAUCUAAGAAAAUAAGGUGUUAUAUCUCCAUAUCCUCCUGCAUAUCAACCAGAGGACAAAUGUAAGGAAAGAGUUUGGACUGGUGGGCAAAUUUUCUGCCAGGUAUCUUCACAUACUAUGUGCCCAUCGCCCCCAUCCUCUGUUGUAGAAUAUUGUGCAAUUAGUGGGAUUAUCAGCUUGUUGAAACAUAUCAUGAGUCUCCUCCUUUGACCAAUAAGUCGUGGCAUGGGACAUGAACCCAGAGGUAGGUGACCUACCAACAAAUGGAAAGAUGCACUUUUUCUCUCUGUAUAAACAAAUAAGACAGUUUUGAACCUAAAAGUAACAGAAUUCUGCAGUUUCAAGAUUAUGGUUACAGGCAGCUCAAGAUAAUUUAGUACUUAGAUAAGGACUACAAUUUCUAAGGUGUCUAGAUACUAGAGCAACUUAUAAUAUAAUGUAUGGUAACAAUGUUGGUUUUGAAAGAUACCUAUGGUAUCAGUACUUGAAGGCCAUAAUAAAACGUGUGCUAAUAAAUAUUGGCCUUUGCAUUUCUGGGUAUAAAAACCAAGUUUGUGAGACAGAGGUUAGAUAUGGAGAUAAUUGAGAUGCAGCAUAAAACAGCAUCUUGAGUUGCCGACUCUCAAAAUGGUCUGAAGUCAACAUUGUUCUGGGCACCUUAUCUGAAGCCAAGGAACCAGAUUGUAUCAUUGUUUGUCAUUUUCUUGCUUAUUGUUUAGUGUAAUCUGAAAAAUCAUGUUAAAAAAUCUUGUUGUCCCAUUAUUUGUUGAAACGUAUUGUUGAAUAAACUGCUUUGACUAA